AUGAAAGCUCUUAAGGAUAUUCGUGAUUCAUUCUCAUGCGAGCUCAAACAGACAUCAUGUUUCAUAGCUCUAUUUAUUGCAAUGGAACUAUGCAAUCCAUUGAUCAAACUUUACACUUUAAGAAAUGCUGCACUUUUAUCACUUCCAUUGACACAGUGUCAAGCAAAAAGUGUUGUUGCGAUAAGAAAAUAA